AUGCGCACCCACGAGACCCGCACGGAAGGCGUGCUUGACUGUACAGGCGCGCUCACCGUCCUCGCUACAAAGCUCACCGCUGUGGCGUAUAACUACCAGGACGGGCUCACGCUGCUCGAGGAGAAGGACGAAGGCGCGCAAGCCAAGGACGAGAAGGAGAGGAAGGGAUUGACCGAGGAGCAGAGGCGGCGGGAGGAGCGGAUGGAGCGCUCACGAUUGGAGCGGCGAAAGGCGGCGCUGGUUACCAUGCCGUCGGUGGUGCAGGUGAUGGGGUACCUGUUCUGCCUCGGGCUGCACAUGACGGGCCCCUUCUUCGAGUUCACGACAUACGACCACUGGACCCAAAGACAAGGGGUGCGUUCCUUCAGGGUUGCCACAUUUCCCGUCUACCCCCCUCUCCACUGGUCGCCUUUCCUCACCUUCACGCUCAAGCAGCCGUCCGUCCUUCAGCCAUCCUUCCCGUCAUCUCCCCGCGCCUCACCACUCUGCACGUUCCCGCCCAUCCCCGUCCUUCCUCACCACCUGCAGAUCUGGUCCGCGGGUGUCAAGCAGCCGCCCAUCUUGCCGCCAUUCUGCCGCGCGUUCAUCCAGGGCGUGCUCUCAGCGCUCGUCUUCCUGCUCGUGUCCCCCUCGCUGGACCUCACGCGCAUCAGCGACCGCCACAAGAACCGCGCCUACCCCUUCCACCGCCGCUGGCUCUUGGCGUACCACGCGUGCAUCGUGUGGCGCUUCCGCGCCUACAUCCUCUGGAGCAUCACCGAGGCUGCCAUGAUCACCGCCGGGCUCGGCUUCAGCGGCUGGGAGACCCCCACGGGGGACCCUGGGAAGGCCGGGGACGUGAAGUUGAAUGGGGGGGAAUUGGAGGGGGCGAGGGGGAAUGGGAAGGGCGGUGAGGAUGGGGAUGUGGGAAAGCAGGAGGGUGAUAGGACGUGUGCGGCGCCUGCAGGGGAGGGGAAGGCGCUGUGGAGUCGGGCUCGCAACGUGGACAUACUGGGGGUUGAGUUCCCCAAGAGCUGCCUCGACUUUGCCACCAAGUGGAACAUCUCCUACGGUCUCUGGCUCAGGCUCUACGUGUACGAGCGCAUGGUGCCGCCCGGCAGGAAGCCCACCUUCUUCCACAUGCUCGCCACCAUGUUCGUCAGCGCCGUCUCCCAUGGCUUGAAUUGGGGUGACUUCAUAUUCUUUGCCAAUUGGCGCUUGUUGUUGCCAGCUCUAAAGCUAACAGUUGGAAUCCCCAAGGGCACCAGUACCCACCGCAUUGUGGCACUUCUUCAUACCCUCUAUAGCAUCUUCGUCUGCACCUACAUGGCCAGCGCCUUCUGCGUGAUGACACUAUCGGCACAUCCUCUUCUAAUUACCCCCCCUCCCCCCUUCUCCCCCUCACAACCCCCCCUACUCCCUCUCCACUUGCCUCCCUGCUCCCCUUCAUUUCCCCUCCUGCUCCUUCUCACUUCCCCCACUGCUCCCCUUCAUUUCCCCUCCUGCUCCUUCUCACUUCCCCCACUGCUCCCCUUCAUUUCCCCUCCUGCUCCUUCUCACUUCCCCCACUGCUCCCCCUCAUUUCCCCUCCUGCUCCUUCUCAUUUCCCCCCUUGCUCCUCUCAUCUCUCCCCCUCCUCCCUCUCAUUUCCCCCCUUGCUCCUCUCAUCUCUCCCCCUCCUCCCUCUCAUUUCCCCCCUUGCUCCUCUCAUCUCUCCCCCUCUCCCUCUCAUUUCCCCCCUUGCUCCUCUCAUCUCUCCCCCUCCUCCCUCUCAUUUCCCCCCUUGCUCCUCUCAUCUCUCCCCCUCCUCCCUCUCAUUUCCCCCCUUGCUCCUCUCAUCUCUCCCCCUCCUCCCUCUCAUUUCCCCCCUUGCUCCUCUCAUCUCUCCCCCUCCUCCCUCUCAUUUCCCCCCUUGCUCCUCUCAUCUCUCCCCCUCCUCCCUCUCAUUUCCCCCCUUUGCCGCCUCUCAUCUCUCCCCCUCCUCCCUCUCAUUUCCCUUCCAUUCUCCCUUCCACGCUCUCCCAUCGCCAUGCCUUAAUUUCUCAUCCCCCCUCCUUCCAGGGUCAUCUCACCUCCCAUGAGAUCCCACUCGCUCCUUCAGUCCCUGCCCAUACUGCCGCCGCUGCUGCCUUUGCCGGAGCUGCCUCUGCUGCCACACCCAGUGUUCCUUCCUUUGAACAGCGGCAGGUGCAUGGGCAGCAACAGCUGAACCAAGAGCGAGUGGACCCUGCUGCGGUCUCACAGCCGAGCGCGCUCAUGAGUGCGCAAGCCGCAGGAGAUGCAGCAUGCCGGGUCUCUCACGCUGGGUGCACACUAUCGAAGCAGCCAUGUCAGCAGUGGACUGGGGAGCGAGCAGGGUGUGAGGCUCGAUGA